AAACGGCUCUUUUCUGAGCCCCUUCCUUCAAAAAUCCCCAAACCUUUAGUCUCCAACCUAGGUUCCCUCACUUCCUCAGACCCUUUCCGAGGGUCUUGGACAAUUGUCUCAAAUUUUACUGAGGAGGAAUUAUCUCCUCCUCCCCCUAAAAUCCUUACGGCCUCUUUCUUCCGUUCAGACAUGGAUCUUCACAGGGCAGCCUUCAAGAUGGAGAGCUCCUCCUACCUGCCCAAUCCCCUGGCCUCCCCGGCCCUCAUGGUCCUGGCCUCCACUGCUGAAGCCUCUCGCGAUGCCUCAAUUCCCUGCCAGCAGCCACGUCCGUUUGGUGUCCCCGUUUCUGUUGAGAAAGACGUCCAUUUGCCAUUUAACAAUGGUUCUUACACUUUUGCAUCAAUGUACCACCGCCAAGGCGCGGUCCCACCAGGAUUCCCAAACAGGGAUUUUCCUCCAUCCCUCCUCCACCUCCAUCAUCAGUUUGCCCCACCUAACCUGGACUGCUCGCCAAUCAGCAUGCUGAAUCACAGCGGUGUCGGCGCCUUCAGGCCCUUCGCCUCCCCUCCGGAAGAUCGCGACGGAGUGCCAGGCGGGUAUCAGUCUGCUUUCACCCCAGCCAAGCGCCUCAAAGGCUGCCUGGAUGCAGAUGCUUCACCCCACCUGCGCUACUCCGAUGCAGAGGGGAAAGAGUACGACUUUGGCGGUUCCCAGAUCCCUCCCGGAGGUUCGCCCAGCAGCGCCUUGAAAGCAGUAGAGGACAGCGGGAAAAAGAUCUUCGCUGUGUCAGGCCUCCUGUCUGAUCGAGAGACUUCCUCCAGCCCAGAGGACCGCAUUGAGCGCUGGCUGAGUCAGGCUGUCUAUUUCAAACUUGCUGAUGCCCCUCUUUGCCAACUGACGCGGCACGUACCUGUCGUGAUGAGGCCCCUUUGGGAUGGAAAUGAUUGCCAACAGGCCUCACACCCACACCUCUCCGUCAGAUAUCCCCCCUCCUCCGGACAGCUGAGGAAGGAGAAAUGGAAUACAGACAGUCAGCAGAGAGAGGAGAAGAGAGAGGGCAUAGGUAAAAAGAAGAUGUCCCUGUAUGACAGCCAGGCUCCAAUCUGUCCCAUCUGCCAGGUGCUGCUCAGGCCCGGAGAGCUACAGGAGCACAUGGAGACAGAGAUAGAGAGGCUAGCUGCCAUAUGCUUCAGUAAGAACACUUCACCCAAGGAUGGAGCAGCCACUCCAGGAACCCCGAAGUCAAUGCUGUUGUCGGUGCACAUCAAGCGUGAGGGAGAGUCUCCAGUGGUCUCGCCCCUGUCCUCUGAAGACGCCCACCACUCCGACAGAUACCAGACAUUUUUACGAGUUCGAGCAAACAGGCAAACAAGAUUGAAUGGUGCCAGCAUCUGGAGGCAACAUUUGUCUAGAGUGGCCGCGAUCAGCUCCGGGGGCCACAUUGCAGCCGGAACGCGGCGCAGCUGCGCCCGUCUCUGCAGCAAAAGCUUGACCGGAGAGGCCAGAGAUCAAACACGUAUAGGGAAGAUGAAGAGGAGGAAGCCUGAGGAGGGGGGCCAGGUAUGUCCGCUGUGCAGCACCCCAUUGGCUGGGAGCGAGGAGGAGAUGAGUAGACAUGUGGAACAAUGCCUGAUCCAGCGUGAGGGUGCAUUAGGCGAUGAUGACUCUGCAGACAUGGACGGAGAAAAUGGGCGGGGCUUUGAGGAGUACGAGUGGGCGGGGCAGAAGAGGAUCAGAGCUACUGCUUUGCUGGAGGGAGGCUUCAGAGGAACAGGUUUUGCAACGUGUAGCAUUAAGGAGAGCGCGGCAGACAGCGACGCUGACCUAGACGUGGACGGGGACGACACCUUGGAGUACGGCAAGGCCCAGUACACCGAGGCCGAUAUCAUCCCCUGCUCUGGAGCCGGAGAGGACCAAGGAGAGGCCAGGGAGAGGGAGGCGCUACGGGGAGCCGUGCUCAACGGUGGGAUGCCUUCUAACAGAAUAACGCCCGAAUUCUCCAAAUGGGCCAGUGACGAGAUGCCUUCGACGAGCAACGGAGAAAGCAGCAAGACAGACCCCGGCACUCCUUCAUCCUCCACCUCUUCCUCCUGCGCACCACGCACCUGUAAAAACAGCGAGAUUGAAAAGGUAACGGAGGAGGAGUCCACGGCUACCACCAUGGAGGCUCUGAAGGCUCGAAUCAGAGAGCUGGAGAGGCAGAUACUGAGAGGAGACCGAUACAAGUGUCUCAUCUGCAUGAGGAAGCCUGCUAUCCCGUCAGGCACGGAGAUCAAGAGCCUAGGGGUGUGGCCAGGGCCCCGGCCACUGGCCAAUGAGGUCGGAGAGAGGAAGCCUAAGUCCCUCCCCCUCGGCCUGUACUGCCUGUACAGGGGCCUUGUGAUUGGUGGCUACGGCAGCGGCAUAAAGAGGCUCCUCCCACAGCCCUUACGGAGGGUUGCCGGUUCAGUUGCCCCCCAUGCUGCCUUGCUCAGUGGUUCUGUGGCUGCUGGCUGUGUCGUUCCAUGGACUCCUACACGAUGCCGCUCACCUCCAUCCAGUGCUGGCACGUCCAUUGUGAAGAAUGCUGGCUCAGGACUCUGGGGAACAAGAAGCUGUGCCCGCAGUGCAACACCAUCACCUCACCCGGAGAUCUGAGGCGCGUCUACUUGUAAAGAGCACACCCAUCCUCCCGCGCGUUCGUCCUUCCGAUCCAUUCCUCCUCUCAUCUUGGAUUUCAUCGCCCUCCCCGUCGAUCCUCAUUUGUUUUUCCCUCUCUCGUGGCCUGAGUCGCCAGCUCCAAACCCUCCAAGAGCGUACAGAGACAAGACGGCUGUCUUUGAGACUCCACUGGCUCUUUCAGGAGGUUAAAACUGGAUGAAAUGGAAUGACUGAGCAGAACUCACUGACUCCAUGGCUGACUGCGUGGCUACCCACACACACACACACACACACACACACACACACACACACACACACACACACACACACACACACACACACACACAAAAAA